GAGUUUCUAGGAGGAAACGGAUUGGAAUCUGGUUUGACUCCGGUUUGACUCCCCUUCCAGGCUCCUACGAGUGCGGGAUCUGCGGCAAGAAGUACAAGUACUACAACUGCUUCCAGACCCACGUCCGGGCGCACCGAGACACGGAAGUGGCGUCGGGCGAAGGUGCUUCCCAAGGCAACAACUUCCGCUACACCUGCGACAUUUGCGGGAAGAAGUACAAAUACUACAGUUGCUUCCAGGAGCACCGCGAUCUCCACGCGGUCGACGAUCCCUAUGACCAGGCCAUGGUGGCCAAAGACGAGGUAAAGGAAGAGGAUCCGGAACCCUUCCAGAAGAUCGGUCCAAAAACCGGCAGCUCCUGUUUGGGUCUGG